AUGGAGACGGGGCCUCUUGCCUUUAAGCCGGAGCUCUCAGCUCGUCCCCAGGUUGACCCCUCAGCCUUGACUGGGAGCCUGCGAGCUUUGGCCACUCUGUGGCUGCUUGGAGCAUUCCAGGGACAUUCCAAAUUUCUGGGCUCUGCGGAGGACUUCACAUUUUAUUGUCCUGCCGAGGAGAAGGUUCGGGGUGCUCAAGGCUCCAGCCAGAAUCACUUCUGCAUCUCAGGGCGCAAAGUUCUCGCCCCCGAGCAGGACCGCACGUGCUCAUGGCCCUUUCAGACCAGCCUGACGCUGGAGUGCAGACCUAAGGGCCUCCAGGUGGUGCGGGAGAGAAGGGAACCCUUGGACACAUGUGGGCGAUGGCGCAUCAAAGGGGACCUCGUGCGGAGUGAGUGGGGCGUCGCCCAUCCCCAGUCACCCCGUUCUUUUCCCUGCACAGGGGGUGCAGACGUCCUCAUGGAGGCUUGCUGUGCAGAUGGACAUCGAAUGGCCACUCAGUACAAGGACUGCUCAUUGCCGUACAUCUCGGACUCCAAGGAAUGCAGGAUGAUGCAGGAGCUGUGCUGCCGCAACCAGCUAGAGGAGCUGCUCUGCGCCGCUGGGAUCAACCUGGCCGGCGAGGGAGACGGCUGCCCCGCCCCACACGACAACGCCAGCCUCGCAGCCAUGUUCGUGAAGAGGUGCUGCCAUUGCUGCCUGCUGGGGAGGGCAGCCCAGGCCCAAGGCCAGAGCUGCGAGUACAACCUCAUGGUUGGCUACCAGUGUGGGCUGGUGUUCCGGGCGUGCUGUGUCAAGGGCCAGGAGACCACAGACUUCGCCCCCGCAGACAUCGGGGACCUCCAAGAAACAGCUAAGAUCUCCGAGAUGGAGGAGGAGCAAGAGGACCCAUAUCUGAAUGACCGCUGUCGAGGUGGCGGGCCCUGCAAACAGCAGUGCCGGGACACGGGCGAGGAGGUCGUCUGCUCGUGCUUCGUGGGCUACCAGCUGCUGCCGGACGGCGUCUCCUGCGAAGAUACCAACGAGUGCAUCGCGGGCAGCCACAAUUGUCGGCUUGGAGAGACCUGUAUCAACACGGUGGGCUCUUUCCGCUGCCAGAGGGACAGCAGCUGCGGGACUGGCUAUGAGCUCACGGAGCACAAUGACUGCAAAGAUAUUGACGAAUGUGAGAGUGGUAUUCAUAACUGCCUCCCCGAUUUUAUCUGUCAGAAUACUCUGGGAUCCUUUCGCUGCAGACCCAAGCUACAGUGCAAGAGCGGCUUUAUACAAGAUGCUCUAGGCAACUGUAUUGAUAUCAAUGAGUGUCUAAGCAUCAGCCCCACGUGCCCCGUGGGGCACACGUGCAUCAACACGGAGGGCUCCUACACGUGCCAGAAGAACGUGCCCAACUGCGGCCGCGGCUACCAUCUCAACGACGAGGGAACGCGCUGUGUCGAUGUGGAUGAGUGUUCGCCGCCCUCUGAGCCCUGUGGGUCUGGCCACCUCUGUGUGAACUCCCCUGGAAGUUUCCGCUGUGAGUGCAAGGCUGGCUACUAUUUCGACGGCAUCAGCAGGACGUGUGUGGACGUCAACGAGUGUCGCCGCUACCCCGGGCGCCUCUGCGGCCACAAGUGCGAGAACACGCCCGGCUCCUACUUCUGUAGCUGCGCCGCCGGCUUCCGGCUCUCGGCCGACAGCCGGUCCUGUGAGGACGUGAAUGAGUGUGACAGCAGCCCCUGUAGCCAGGAGUGCGCCAACGUCUAUGGCUCCUACCAGUGCUAUUGUCGCCGAGGCUACCAGCUCAGCGACGUGGACGGGGUCACCUGCGAAGACAUCGACGAGUGCGCCCUGCCCACCGGGGGCCACAUCUGCUCCUACCGCUGCAUCAACAUCCCUGGAAGCUUCCAGUGCAGCUGCCCCUCGUCCGGAUACAGGCUGGCCCCCAACGGCCGCAACUGCCAAGACAUCGACGAGUGCGUGACCGGCACCCACAACUGCUCCACAAACGAGACCUGCUUCAACGUCCAGGGCGGCUUCCGCUGCCUGGCCUUCGAGUGCCCGGAGAACUACCGCCGCUCCGCAGACACGCUCCGCCAAGAGAAGACAGACACCGUCCGCUGCAUCAAGUCUUGCCGCCCCAAUGAUGUCACCUGCGUGCUGGACCCUGUGAACACCAUCUCCCACACCGUCGUCUCGCUGCCCACCUUCCGCGAGUUCACCCGCCCGGAAGAGAUCAUCUUCCUCCGCGCCAUCACGCCGGCGCACCCCGCCAACCGCGCCGACAUCAUCUUCGACAUAACGGAAGGGAACCUGCGGGACUCUUUCGACAUCAUCAAUCGCUACAUGGACGGCAUGACUGUGGGUGUCGUGCGCCAGGUGCGGCCCAUCGUGGGCCCGUUUCAUGCCGUCCUGAAGCUAGAGAUGAACUACGUGGUCGGGGGUGUGGUGUCCCACCGAAAUGUCGUCAAUGUGCACAUCUUCGUCUCUGAGUACUGGUUCUGAGGGCCGGUCCUCGGGGCAGCCAAAUCUGUAACUCCAGGCCAAGUCAUUGCUGCCAGCAACCGAGCCCUGUUCCCGUUUGUGCCACCCAGACGUUUCUCGAUUUUAUGUAUUUGUAGUGUUAGGCGGACAUGUAUUAAGCUGGGCCAGAUGAAUAAGUCCAUCUGAUGUAUUUUGGUGUUCAAAUAAUGAGUCCAAUUAUUCAACUGUUUGGUUGAAAACCUUGCCUAUUUCUUAAUGCAAAGGUCAAUUUUGCCGUCUUUCUCUGCCUGUGGGCUGGGCAUUGCUAAGGACCAAGGAAAGAAAGACAUUUUUCAGGGGUCAGUUGUCCAAAUGCCAAGAAAGGACCAGUUUUGCCCUGAAUGUGUAAAUUUUGACAUUUGCUCCCUUUUUUUUUUUUUUUUUUUUUUUGGCCAAUCAGAUAUAUGCCCUAUUCUAAGGACAUGGCUGCUGUAGACUGGCAGGAAUGAUAAAUUCUGCCCAGAAGCAGCAUGACAUAAUGCCUCGGGGGCGGGGGCCCUUGGAAGGUAAAUUGCUGCUCUGUUGAAACAGAAAAAUCCCUUAGUAAAGACACAGCCGUCGGGUGCAUGUGCGGCCCCAGUACAUUCAUUCUCCAGGGGAAUGGCCGGGUUUGCUCUGCUCCCUGCUUCACCUUUUAUCAUAGGUGGGAAAAUAAACAGCUUUGUGAUUCU